GAAGCGGAAGUGCUGGUGGCGCGCUAGUAGGAAGUGGUGAUUCCUGGAGGGGAGAUGGCCGCGCUUGCUCCGCUCCCCCCGCUCCCCCCACAGUUUAAGAGCAUACAGCAUCAUCUGAGGACGGCUCAGGAACAUGACAAGCGGGACCCUGUGGUGGCCUAUUACUGUCGUUUAUAUGCAAUGCAGACUGGAAUGAAGAUUGAUAGUAAAACUCCUGAAUGUCGUAAAUUUUUAUCAAAGUUAAUGGAUCAGUUAGAAGCUCUUAAGAAACAGUUGGGUGAUAACGAAGCUAUUACUCAAGAAAUAGUUGGUUGUGCCCAUUUGGAAAAUUAUGCAUUGAAAAUGUUUUUGUAUGCAGACAAUGAAGAUCGUGCUGGGCGAUUUCAUAAAAACAUGAUCAAGUCCUUCUAUACUGCAAGUCUUUUAAUAGAUGAUGUCAUAACAGUAUUUGGAGAAUUCACUGAUGAAAAUGUGAAACAUAGAAAGUAUGCAAGAUGGAAGGCAACAUAUAUCCAUAAUUGUUUAAAGAAUGGGGAGACUCCUCAAGCAGGCCCUGUUGAAAUUGAAGAAGAUAAUGAUGUUGAAGAAAAUGAAGAUGCUGGAGCAACCUCUCUGCCCACUCAACCACCUCAGCCAUCAUCAUCUUCAACUUACGACCCAGGCAGUAUGGCAUCAGGCAGCUACACUGGAAUCCAGAUCCCUCCGGGGGCACAUGCUCCAGCUAACACUCCAGCAGAAGUGCCUCACAGCACAGGUGUAACAAGUAACACUAUCCAGCCCACUCCACAGACUCUGCCAGCCAUCGAUCCUGCACUUUUCAGUACAGUUUGCCAGGGGGAUAUUCGUUUAACCCCAGAGGACUUUGCUAGAGCUCAGAAAUACUGCAAAUAUGCUGGCAGUGCUUUGCAGUAUGAAGAUGUCAGCACUGCUGUACAGAAUCUACAGAAGGCCCUCAAGUUGCUGACAACAGGCAGAGAAUGAAGCCUUUGUACAACAGAUCUGUGUAUUUUUGGCAUAAGGAACUAACAGUCCAUUACUUUAUCUUCAGCCUUUCAGGAGCACAGUUUUAAAGAAGACUUGAAUAUGACAAUGAAAUCUGUGUGUAUCAGAUUCCUACUGAAACACUGAGCAGCAGCCUUGACCAGUUUUCACUGUCCAUUUAAUGGAUCCAAUAAUCUCUGGGUACGUAGGGCUGGUGUUAGCAAGAUUCUAAAGAUACCCAUUUAGCCCUGCUUCAGAAGUGAAACCACAUCUCAACAAAAUGUAUAUUAGGAGUAAGCUUUGUUUCUUAAUUCACAUACAUAAAGGAUUUUUUUUUAAUCUAUAAUGUUUGAACAAGCAGACCAUAAUACUUUGCUAUAAAAUUUUAAAUUUAACUUUUAAUAAAGAUUUCUAGGAUAUUCUAGAUUACAGAUCAUACUUUUGUUUUCCUCAAGACUUAUGGAACAAAUAUGAAUAUCCUAAGCGAUUAGAUGAAUCCAAAAGAGAUGAUGUUCAAAACUCAGUUUAUAUUCUUAUUAAAUAUGGCUACACUGAAAGUUUAAAAUUUCGUGAAAGGACAUAUAAUAAGGUAAAGAUGUAGAAUCACUUUUAUACUUAAGAAUAAUGUUGGUUUCCCAUCUGCUUUUUCUUACUCUUGAAGCUUAAAGUAAAUUUAUAUUUGCAUCAUAGGCAAUCUGCAUGUAUUAGAGAAUGAAAAAAAGAUACUGUAGUAAUGCCUGGAAAUUUGGUGCUUUUAAGUUAAGGUUCUCUGCUGCUGUGGAAUGGAUUCCACAGAGUGUAUAGCUGUGAAUGAUGCAGAAGAUAAUGCUUUAGAUUCUUAGUUGUUAAGUUUACAAGUUUUGUGGGGAAUUAUAGACUUAGUGUGUCAUCUGCAUUUGUGCUGUGUAAAAAAAUAAACAAGGAUUCUUUUAACUAAUUCACCUUUAUAGAGCCAAAUGUCUUUUCAUUUGCAUGCUAGAAUUGCAUUUUUAGUUUUAGUUUUAGUUACAGGAGUACAGAUGUUUCUGUAGUAAGAAACAUUAAGGGGGGGUGGGAUAAAUUUGCCAAAACUACCUGAAACUUAACCUGCUCCAUUUCAGUUAUGCCUCCAAGUCAAUCAUUAAAAUUAGAAUCCUUUAAUAAAGGACUCAGCAAGCUAUAGCUCAUGGGCUUGACCACUUGUUGUGUAAAUAAAGUUUUAUCAGAACAGAACCAUAUCCACUAAUAUGUGUUAAUCCCUAUGGUUGUUUUCCUUUACUGCAGAGUAGUAUAGCUCUUAAGUCUGAAAUAUUUGCUGUCUUGCCCUUCAUGAAAAGAAUUUACUGAGACCUAUUCUAACAGUUUAUUUGAAAGGAAGUUAGCCACUAAAUCAUUUGUGUCAAAUUUUGUCUGUAUAAAUGUAAUGCUAUUGUACAAGCUUUUGUAGAAUUAGUAUUCAGAAUUCUAAAUUAUUGCAAAAAAAUAAGUCUCUAAAAUGUUUCUUAGAAAAACAUUUCAUAUUUUUCACAAGCUAUAUAGAGUUCAAAAUUUGCACCUAGAAAUCCUGACUUUCAGUGUAGUUUUCUAGAAUGUUACUGUAAUAGCAAAAUGACUUUGAUGGCCUUGAAUCUCAUAAGAGGUAAAUACAGUUCAGCUCAUUUUAAUUCAGGCCUAAACAUGUCUGAACAGUAAAAGGUGAAGCUAUCACUUCCUAUUUCACACCUUACCUUUUGGCUCCCAACUGGGAGAGCACAGGGCUAGAAGGAAACAAUGCAAACUGAGGAGUCUACUGAUAAAUGGGCAACCAGGUGCACUUGGAGCCCUUCUCUGUAGAAUGUAAGUGACACCACUAGCCCCCUUGCAGUGUGCUAUGAGAAUUGAAUGAGGUACAAUACAUGACGUGCUUAGCACGUGGCAGCAUUCCAUAAAUGUUCACUGCUGUUUAUAUUAAUGCUAUAGGAAUCAUGAGAAUUGUUACUAAUAAUGUAUUUCCCACAUAUAAAGGAAUAUGUGUUUUUUCUGUGGCCCAACACUUAAAAGUGCUUUCUUGCAUGAGGGAAUUGAACUACAUAAUGUUUUCUAACUUUGUAUUUGUAUUUCUUUAUAUCGAGUCUGACAAGAUAAAAUUAGAAGACAUUUUCUGAUGUAACACUAGGAUAAACUUUUUAUUUAUUCAUUCAACAUGUAUUUGUUGAACAGCUACUUUGUGCCUGCAUUGUUUUUUUGCAAAAGGAAACAGCAAAAAACAAAAAUGUCCUUUCUUACAGAGUUUACAUUCAAAUGGGGAAGAAAAAGACAAAUUUAAUAAAAAGUGUAUCAUAGACUAUAUUCAA